GAACCACGGUCCGACCUUGCGCGCUAAAUCUUUGAAUUCUUCUCUUCCGAGUCUUCCCCUCCCCAGUAUACCCUAUACAUUGCUGUUCUGGACAAAUUAUCCAGGUCCGAUGUCUGCAGAGCCAAUCAGCGCCUCGAACUUUAACUUCUGGGAGUUCGUUUGUUGCGCGAAGUGCCAGUUACCGUUCAACUCUGGCGCCAAUGGCUCCACAGUACCCUUCUGGUUGACGGAAUGCGGGCAUGUUAUCUGCAACAAUCAUCUCAACUCCGAUCAAACUUGCGCACAAUGUAGAUCUCCAGGGAUUCAACUCAUCCCACUUCAACUCGACAUGGAGCCUCCGAUGUCGGAAUGGUUUCGUUCGGUCCCAUAUAUCUUGGAUUCAGCCGCGUAUGCGAUCAAGUUCCAGCAAGAAUCUAUGGCCUCCCAAAUACGAAAUCUGAAAGUCCGGUAUCAGCAACAAAGAGCCUACAUCGAGAAACUUAAGCAAGAGAAUGCCCAACUAAAGCAAACCAACGAGAUGCUCACGAUGCAGGUCACCGGUACGGAUGAUCACAGUCUACCAGAACACGAACCAGCGGCGUUUCUCAAUGCUAAUGGAAAACGGCCGAUGAUUGACGUCUCACAUCCGCCCUCGUCUUCCAGUCCUCGAUCAAUUGCGACUCCGGUCGGACCUCACAGAAUGACCCUGCCUCCUGGCCAGCAACCUCCUCAACUCUCAUCCAAUCAAGCAAUUUCUUCAAAUGAGAACGUGGCUUCUCAGCAUUCUCAACGUCCAGGAACGAAUCGAUUUACUCAGCAAUUUGCAUACGCACCUGCUCAAGAUUCUCAGAUACGUCCUGCACCAUUGUCUCAUACACAAGCGGCUCCCAAGCAACUUCGUCGGAUGCUUCAAGAUAAUCAAACCUUUAGCGCCUCACAAUCACAGAUACCUCCGCGGUCUCAUGUAAAACUGAACGCGAACCCCAAUCUUAAACCUUCUCAAACUUCAAAUUCGAAUAUGGGACCACCUCAAUAUUUUCGAGAUGCCUCAGGGCACGUUCAGCCGACUUCUUUACAUCUCGCGGAUCAGCACCAAAGUACUGCGCGCUUUUUACCAUUGAGCGAACGAUUUCCUCCGCCCAGUACGCCAGCUGGUAACUCAGCCACUUCAAGACGUUUUGUUCCUCCGGUAUCAGCAACUCGUAGUAAUUUCCGUCCCGCUACCUCUUCCCUUCCAUUGAAUGCUUCUCUGAGCAGGGCUCAGCCUAAGUUCUCUUGUAGUAGUGGGCAGAGAAUGCCUUUCGUUCCCGGACAGUGACGAAAUAGUGGUCUGCCUCGAUUACAGAUUUGUUUUUCGGGGACUUUUUUGCUUUCUGCUUCUAGUACAAUAUCAUUGCAUGUUCAUGUUUCACAUUAAUAUUAUUAUUCUCGGAAGGCCCCGAAGCCCACGAAGCGCAAGUGUUGUAGAUGUGUGAAAGUACUGCUUCACUGGCACGUCGUAGACCGUUAUCUAUCGACUAUCGACCAACACUUCUACUUCUGUAUCCUUGGUGGGGAUUAAUGCACCAAUAGUACAAAGACUAUGAAUGUACGGCAACUAAUACAAGUAUAACUAUGAACAAAUGCUGCGGAUUGCAAAGCCAAAAAUGGGCGUGGGCGCAAUGUGAGUGUCAUAAACAA